AUGGGCCCACGCUCCUCCUCAUUCUCAUCCCUCGGUGACGCAGGGUCCGGCUCUGAGUCUGAUCUUACGGACCUGGACGAGAUCCAGCCGCCGCCGACGCCGGGGCAAGCAACUGAGCCAGAAGACGACAGCGGGGUUCACCUCAACAGCGCGAUGGACGCGCCUGGCUCGAGCAGAAGGAGGAGCGGGAGACCAAGGAGGAAGUCGCAACAAGCUGGUGAUGUUGGACAUGAUGAUGCGCAGAACGAGGAAGGUCAGCCUGCAGCGGCGCCCUCUCAGGCAGAGGCGUCAACUUCCAGGCGUCGCAUCAAGGUGAAAGAGGUCACCAGGCAGGGCUCCACCGCAGCUGAGGAGCAAGGUGAUGCUGCUACGACUGAGACAGCGGCGAAGCCAAAGAAGAGCAUCAAAGUCAAGCUCAACGUCGAUCGUAGCAAAGCGCAGCAGCAGCAGCAGCAAGUCCAGCAGGCCGAUGGCUUUUCACUGGAUGCGGCUCCUCAAAGUGGUUCCUCAUCCCUGCGCGACGAGCUGAGAGGCAUGGCAGACAGUGAUGAGGAGGACGAAGAGGAAGUGAUAGCUCCAGUCAAGAGGAAGAUGCGCAGGCCGCGCGAGAGCACCAGCGGUGCGGGAGGCGACCACGAUGAUGACGAGGGCGGCGACAUUUCGAUGAAACGCAAGAAGCGCAAGCCAGAGGAUACCUCGCGGGGCUCUGCGCUCAAGAAAGCCAGGCGUAGCGACUACGAUGACGCAGAUGCGCUGCUAGAGAGCGACUCGGAUGAGGAGAUGCAGGAUGUCGCUAGCAGUGAGGGCGACUACGAGGAGGACGAGAAGAAGACGUCCGGCCGCUCAGGUAGUGGCAAGAGCUCCGCCAAGAAGACAAGCAAUUCUUCCACGAAGGGAGUCAAGAGCUCGGACAGCACAAAAGGCAAAGCAAGCGCCUCAGGCGGCAAGGCCAAAUCUGCUGCUCCUGCAGGUAACAAGAAGCAAUUAUCAAAGGCAGGCGGCAGCGACAACGACCCCAAGUCCGCAGUAGGAAAGAUCAGAGCAAGCGCAGCGGUCACUGCGGCAAGCGGGCCCUCGUCCUCGUCUCCGUCUCAUUCGGCGGACGGAGCAGGCGGCUCUUCUCUCUCUUCUCCCAUCCCUCGCAAGCCGCAAGGACAAACAGCACCGGGCGCAGCUGCAGGACAGCCACCACGCCGUCCAAUGCCGCUUCCCCCCAUGAAGCCUCGCGGAUCAGAUAUGUGGGACUCUCUAGUUGGGUCAUCGAAGCCUCGCCCUCAACCAGUACCGCCAGCUGCGGCAAAAAAGGAGGGCGACGACGCAGCAAAGCAGCAACAGCAGCAGAAGCCCGCCGGGCCUCGACCUCCCCGCCCACCACCUCCGUCCGCCUCAGCCCUUCCGCGCCCAUUGGGAACAACGGGAACUCCUAGCACCGGCGGCCCGCCUCCACGUCCACGAAGCCACCUCUACGGCCCCGGAUCUGCCUCAGCGCACAACUCCGGACCAGCAAACGGUACCUUCACCGUGCACAUGACUCCUGGUCUCAACGGCCAACAUUGGGACAAAGCAGCGUAUCGCCAGCUUCGAGCCUCAGAAUGUCACUCCUACUCCAACCCGGAACCUGCCUCCCUCUUCAAUCUACUGGAGGAUGCCGAGGUCCUGGCCAAGUUCGAAGAAGAGUGGCGCGGGAUCCGUUAUCCGAACUUGUACGGCGGCAGGGCCGCCCGUGACGAGCAUGCCGUUAGUUCGAGGCAUGCGCCGCCAGACACAACUGCACCGCUGCCCCACCUGGAGCUGUUUCAGCCCUGCAAAUACACGCAGUAUGGUUCUGGCAGGCUUUACGCUGAUGUGUUGAAGGGGAGGAAGGGAGCUCAUGCUAUGGCUGCUGCUGCACGUGUGCCGGACAAAUCGGAGCAACGGGUUGAUCGGAGGGAGGGCCAGUCAUGA